AUGGCGGCAUUGCCAAGGUUCAUGGUGCUGUAUUCGGAGAGCGUGGGGAAAUACUUGAGGCACCCGAGCAUAGGGCUGGCCAUCGGAGUCGCCGCCGACAAGGCCUGGGAACCGCAGGCCAAGUUCGAGGUGGAGCCAUCGGCGGCCCACCCAUCCAUGGUCCACAUCAAGUGCAGUUACAACAACAAGUACCUCCAGCCCAUCGGGCCGGACCUCGCUAUCGGCGGCUGGAUCUGUCCGAUGGCCGACAGGCCCAACGAAAACCUCGUCGACUGGCGCUGCACCUUGUUCCAGCCCGAGUUCCGUAACCACGAUGCAACCGUGGUGCAACUGCUUCAUACCCAGCGGGGGCGCUACGUGACCACACUGCUCGUGCUCCCCAAGCACCUGGCUUUUAAAGUCAACUACUAUGGCUACCUUGGCCUCAUCGAGGGAGAUGAGCUGUCGUUUCUCCGAUUCGAGAUCGACGAUCAAGGAGAACGAUCCGUCGCCAGCGAGGUUGUCCCUCUGCCCGACGGGACUUCCAUCCGCAUCAAGAACGUCUCCCGCGGGGCUUACUGGAGGCAAAAUGGUGAGGCAAGUGACUUCGUGUUGGCUGAAGACGACCUCACCACUCCCGGUCCGGAUUCUCUGUUUCAGCCAAUUAAGGUGGACGACCAAACCAUCGUUCUACGCAACUUGGGGAACAACAGGUUCGCUUCUCGGGAUGGCUACUAUCUGCGAGCCAGCGAGAUCGAACCGUUCUUCAGCGACCUGACCCUGUACGAGCUCGUCUCCUCGAGGAGGAUCAAAGACAUCGAGUUCCUGCUCGAAUACGGUUGGGUUCACGACGAGACCCUGGUCGUCGUCGUGAACCCCGGAGAACCCGUCACCAACGAGAGCGGCGUCGCUCGAACCCUGCCGGUUGAGAUCCGGUACAAGGACGUCAGGAGCUGCACUCUGAAAGCGAAUGGCCCGACGCUGACGAGGCUGGGCCCGGUAGUCCGUAUCCAGCCGGACGAAAUCGGGUCCGUCAGCGAUUCGUCCAAAAUCGAGCUGGUAGCUCCUUUCGAGCCGUCUUACCUGUGGGGUCCCCACAGCACUGAGCUGGGGGACCCCGACCAGGUGAAAGUCCACGAGGUCACGGUGCCACCCUGGUCAACGGUGACGGUCAAGCUGACCGCGAGUCUGGCCACGUGUAAUAUUCCCUUUACUUAUACUCGUUACGACGUUCUCGACGAGAGUACGGGGAAAGAGGAGAUCCAUUUCAUGGAGGAUGGCCUGUACACGGGGACCAACUACUUCAACUUCAAGUUUGAAGAAAGUGCACCACAGCCAGUCCUUAAAGAGAAGAAUUAG